UUUGAGUAUGUUUCCCGCGCACGGUAGGUGCUUUCACGUCACCUUUGAAAUCGCUCCUCCCUAGUCCCCUAGAACGAGCGCCCUCCCCUUUGCAACGCCUCCGAACAUAUCACAGAGGCGCGCUUUCUGUGCCGCUGGCCUCAAUCAGGUCGACCAAACGCAGAUAAUAGCGCUCCACGCACCGUUGCUGAAGUCAUUCAUUCACUUGAACUCAACUAGCGAACACACCAUGUCUGGAAGAGGCAAAGGCGGCAAGGGACUUGGAAAAGGAGGCGCCAAGCGUCACCGCAAAGUUCUCCGCGAUAACAUCCAGGGAAUCACCAAACCCGCUAUCCGCCGUCUGGCUCGCCGCGGCGGCGUGAAGCGUAUUUCCGGUCUGAUCUACGAGGAGACCCGCGGUGUCCUGAAGGUGUUCCUGGAGAACGUGAUCCGUGACGCAGUCACCUACACCGAGCACGCCAAGAGGAAGACCGUUACAGCUAUGGACGUGGUCUACGCUCUGAAACGUCAGGGACGCACCCUGUACGGUUUCGGCGGUUAAAGUCACUCUCUUCGGAACCACAACACCCCGACUCGAACCCAAAGGCUCUUUUAAGAGCCAC